AUGGUGAGGAAGAAGAAUCCCCCUAUCCGGAGUGUCGGAGUGGGUGAUCGCUACAGUAAUAAUGAGGAGAGAGGGGGCAGGAGAGGAGGAGGAGGGGGGAGGGCCAAACAAGGGGGAGCGGCGUUGACCGACAGACCCGAGAGCCAGUCGGAGCCUGAGGAUGGGGAGAAGGGCUUAGAGGAAGGAGAGAGGGGCGAUAGAGACAGGGGGGAGGCAGAUCACCUCACUCCUUCUCUCCUCUCUGCUGCCCACCUCCUCCCCAGACAGGAAGGAGGGGAGGAGUCGACAACUGACACCCCUCCACUCUCCUCCAGCCCCUCUCCUAAACUCCAGGACUUCAAGUGCAACGUGUGCGGUUACGGUUACUAUGGCAAUGACCCCGCCGACCUGGUGAAGCACUUUAGGAAGUAUCACCUGGGUCUGCACAACCGCACACGGCAGGACGCUGCCCUCGACACACACAUCCUGGCCCUCCACAACAUGGCCCCCCAGCACACACCUCUAGACAUACAGACAGGACAAGGGCAGAGGAACCAAGCCAAAGAGUUGGGGAAGACGAGGCCAGAUAUACACAAUCAACAGCACAGGGCAGUUAUGGUGAAUGGCACAUAUGACGUACAGGUGACGUUGGGCGGCACGUUAAUUGGGAUUGGCCGGAAGACCUCUGAUUGCCAGGGGAACACUAAGUACUUUCGCUGCAAAUUCUGCAACUUCACGUACAUGGGCAGUAACUCCUUAGAACUUGAACAACACUUCCUGUCUUCGCAUCCAAAUAAAGUCAAAACUCCUCCAACCACGCCCCUGCUGGCCACCAACAACCUGGCAACACACGACAACCAGGCGAAGGGGAGGAGUCAGAUCAUAGACGGGGCGGAGCGAGUGGCAGUGAGGGCGGAAGACGAUUCUUUGGUCGGGUACUCCAUCCCAGUUAGGGCGUGUUCAGAUUCGUCGAGCUGGACAGGGGAGCCGGGUCGAGGCGCUGUGCAGGCAUAUUAUUGGUGUAAAUUCUGUAGCUGGAGUUGUGAGUGGUCAGGGGGCUCGGCAAAGCUUUUAGAGCACUAUGAACAGAGACAUAGAAUGAGCUUGGGAGGUGCCAUGAGUCCCAACAACUCUAAUCCUGGGGUGCUGGACAGAGAGAGGGAGAGAGGAGGGAGAAGAGAAGGAGGAGAAAGAGACCACAUGGCAUCCAAAAGCCGCAAAGAUCUGUCAUCCAACCCGUCCAGCACCAGCCAAGGAGACACAAACAGCAGCGAUCCAGAAGCGGUCGUGACCAGUUAUAACUGUCAGUUGUGUGAUUUCCGGUACUCGAUGGCCCACAGUGCGGAUGUGAUCGUAGUAGCACCGUUACUACUGCACUAUCAGCACAACCACUCCAUCCACCGAUGCUGCAUUCAGCACUGCAUGUAUUGUCCGCAGGGGCUCUGUCAGCCGCACAAACACCUGGGGGAGGUCUCCCACCCCUUCGCUUGUCGGAAGCCCACCUGCCCUAAAUGCUGUUCCAAGUUUCCUCAGUCCACCAAACAGCAGGACACAGUCGGUUCGAAACCUGCCGCCACCACCCCGCCCAGCAUGACCCCUCCUAAUCCCAGAAGUGACCCAGGUGUGAUUUCUGGCUCCACCUUUCACACCUCUAGCCCUGCCCAUCCUGUUGUCACACAAGGCGUCACCCACUUGUGUGACCAGUGCGCGUUUGCCACCACUGACAUCGAUGUGUUGCUACAACACUACGAAAGCUGCCACACCCUGAUCAACCUAAAGGGCGCUCCCCCACAUGUCAAGGCUGAGGAGGAGGUUGCGGUAGACAAGGAAGGCGGCAGAGGAGCGGGAGGAGAGAGGGAGUACUCUUGUACAAAGUGUCACUUCAUCACCGAAGUGGAAGAAGAGAUUUUUAGACACUACAGGCGUGUCCAUGCGUGUUGCCGUUGUCGACGCUGUGACUUCACGGCUCCUGAUUCAUCAGCCCUCCUCGACCAUUUUAACUCUGUCCACUGUCAUGACUCGUCUCCCUCAUUAAGCUCAUUGACAACGACCUCCUUACCCACCUCACUGACACCUUCAUUAACACUGUCAGCCAAUGGCUGCUCAGCUCCAUCUACCUUAGCCAUUAAAGAAGAGAGCAAGGGGGAUCUUCGCCUCCUCUACUCCCUUGCACCGCCUGAGGGACGGUUGGCAGAGGGAGGCAGAGAAGAGGCAGGAGGGGUGGUAAAAAGUGAGGGAGGCGAGGAGAAAGAAAGAGAGCGGGAGAAAGGCUGGGUUCUUGGGGAGACGAGAGGAAUCGGUGAAAGAGGAGGCGAGCAGGCCCACGGUUUACUCUGGGUGCCCAAGGAGCGAAUGGGACCCGAAAGAGGAGUAGAAAGAGGAGCAGGAGGUGGAAGCCCCUCACUUUUCCCCUCCCCACUCCCACUGUCUUUUGUUUCAGCCAAUCAUGAGGCCUCACAGCAGAAAAGGGGCGUCGCCUCGCCUAGCAUGGUUUACCUGGGAGACACCAAGUCAUUUUUGGGAGAUACCAAGUCAUUUUUGGGAGACGCAAAGCUGUACGGAGGAGGAAGGCCAGGAGGAGCCGCUGCAGGUGGAGGUGGAGGGGAGAAGCAGAACCAGAUGCCCCCUCAGCAACAGGAGGGAAAAGGAGGAGCUGCUAAAGAGGAGUCCCAGUCCCUGCUACGGCGGCGCAGAGGUAGCGGGGUCUUCUGUGCAAACUGUCUGACCACCAAGACAUCACUGUGGAGGAAGAAUGCUAACGGAGGCUACGUCUGCAACGCAUGUGGUUUAUACCAAAAACUACAUUCGACACCGAGACCUCUAAACAUCAUAAAGCAGAACAACGGUGAGCAAAUUAUCCGGCGCCGAACCCGAAAACGCCUCAACCCCGAUUCCCUGACGUCCGAAAACCCUGCCCCCAAGCAGCAACGAAUCACCAGUGAGGAGCGCAUGAAUGGGGAGGAGUCAGACCGAAGUUGUGCAUCAAUCAAAAACCAGCAGCCGUCCCCUCGCUCACGUUCGCCCCGAUCCACUCAAGCCUUUUUAGCCAAUCAAACAUUGGAGAUCCACAGACGCAUGCCUCCUCUUCUCCUCCCCUCACAUCCCCCCUCCUCGCUGGUAGCUGAGGGCAACGGGGGCAUCGCAGAGGGAGGGAUAACAUCAAAGGUGGAGGGGGGUAAAGGAGGAGGGGGAUCAGAGAGAGGCAGUCCGAUUGAAAAAUACAUGCGUCCAUCCAAACCGUCUAGUUAUUCGCCUCCUGGUUCUCCCAUUGAAAAAUAUCAGUAUCCUCUUUUCUCCUUACCCUUACCAUUAACCCUCUCGCCUGAUUUGACCCCUGAGUCGGAUUGGCUCAGAUUCUGGACCAAGUACAAGAUGGCAGCCACCUCUGGGGUUCCUGGUAGCAUCAGUAAUCUAAGCAGCCCCGAAAAUGAGGCUCCUUUGGAUCUUGCAAUAAGACAACGAGAUACAAGUGCUGCAAAUGCACACAUUUCAACAAAUGGUGCUGAGAGGAGAAGGCAGGAGUCGCCACUAGCUGAGAGGUUGAGAGAGAACUGGAAAGGAGAGAAAGAUGAGGAGGAGAGGACUGAUGAAGGAGGGAACCAGAAAGAGGAGAUAGGAAAGGAAGAGAAGGAUCAUUUGACGAAAAGUCGGUCGAGUGUUUCAUCGAAUCGCACAAUGGUGGAAGUGGCCACACAGGAUGACCUGACCAAUCGAUGCAUCCACUGUGGGAUCUACUUCCUAGACGAGGUCAUGUAUGCCCUGCACAUGAGUUGCCACGGCGACCAGGGACCAUACCAAUGCAGUUUUUGCCUGCAUGUGUGUGUGGAUCGCUAUGAUUUCACCACACACAUACAGAGGGGCUUACACAGGUACACAGACAAGACGUCACAACAGAAGGGUCACACGCAAGACGGCAAAAUUCAGAGCGCCACCGUGAUGUCGGAGCGCGACUCUCGAAGCGCGACUCCAGAGGAAAACAAAGAUGGAGGUGAUCAUAUUGAGAUCACACAUGGAAGUGAUGAUGUCGUAGGAGUGUGUCAUGAUGAUCAAGCAGAAGAAAUUACAGGCAAUGAAGCCAACGAUGAUGAAACGGGAGCUGAAAAGGAGGUAAGAGUAGAGAGUCAUGACAAAACAAACCAGGAAUUAGGAGGCGAAACGGUGUCAGACAGUAGUGCUGACAUGUCAGAAACCAUGGAGGUCACAACUGUUGCUGAGACUAAACAUGUAGAUGAGAACGCAGAGAGUAAUUAAUCUGAUGCCUUUGACUGACACAAACCUUUAAGAACGCCUUUCAUUGGAUGAAUAAGCUGUAUGCCUUCAUGUUCCUGGAGGCUAGCUCAUGUCAAAAUGGGCCUAUCCUGGGCACUAAAUGGAACACAUCCUUAUGCUGGAAGCACUCGGCUGUCAAAUGGUCAAAAAUCAUUGUAGGAUCCCGCUGAACUGCUGCAGGGACAGUUUGGAGAAAUAGCCUGAAUCCUCUGUUGAGUGACGGCCACUUGACAGCUCUGUGGCAAGUAUUCAACAACGGAGUCCGGGCAUGCAGCUGAAAUCACCUUUAACAAACAGCCACUUAUGUGCUUUCCAUAUAAGAGGAUUGGAAGCUCGACUGAGAGUUGGACUGGUCUCAUUUAGGAUGAGUUUGAGGAGCUCAGCACUUGCACAG